CGCUAUACUGCGAAUCCCACAUCCCCGCCUCAGACAGCGGGGCAACAUGCAAAAAGCACUUUAGUAAUUUAUACCGCAGCACUACAAGAAGAUCAAAGCGCGUUUUGGUUUGGCUUCUGAGCGAAUGGAUUAUAAGUGCUUGUAGGCUACACGAUGGUUUGAUGUGUAGGUAUAUCUGGAGAAGCUAAUUGGUUGAAUGUGACUUUAUGCGUGCACAAUUGGUCUUCUAAUUGAUAUCUCAGUUUCGCCUGAGUCUCGGAAUAAAUCCAACUUAAGAUGGCUUUAGUAGUACGCCUCAAGACCAUCACCUUCCUGCGGGGAAAAGCGGACAGGGUUGCUAAAGUGACGUUUCGAGGUCUUCCUUUCUAUUCGCGUGUGCUGGAGAACUGUGAAGAUGAAGUCAGAUUUGAUGAGACGUUCCGUUGGCCCAUUGGGAGUAAGGUGGAUGGCAACGAGAUUCUGGAGAUCCAGGUGUACAACUACAGCAAGGUGUUCACCAACAGGCUUAUAGGAACCUUCCGGAUGGUUCUUCAGAAGGUGGUGGAAGAGGGACAGCUGGAGGUGUCGGACACACUGAUCGAUGACAACAACACAGCCAUACAGACGGCCGUUUCCAUAGAGAUCAGAUACCAGACGAUGGACAUGAGUGUGAAAGUGUGGAGUGACGGCGAGUUCCUGGACAUUCCGGAUGAAUCCGAGGGGAUAUUCCAGUUUGAGACAGAAAGCCUUCUCUCCGGCCACAGCCAGAGUUCAGGGGUGUCACCGGGACGACGGUCUCUCCAGAACUCCAUCCCCACAUUCAGGAAAGCAGGGAAAGGCGUCUUCUCUGCCAUGAAGCUCGGGAAAACUCGCAUCUCCAAAGAUGACCACAAGAGAGCAGACGAUGCUGCUGUCCUGGAGACAGAGGACCUGGAUCGCAAGGCCAUGCGCCUGGGCGGUAUCCUCGACCCCGACACCAUCUCCCUCGCCUCUGUUACUGCGGUAACCACCAACGUCUCCAACAAAAGGUCAAAGCCUGACAUUAAGAUGGAGCCCAUUUCUGGUAGACCGGUGGAUUAUCAGAUCAGUGUGACAGUAAUCGAGGCGCGUCAGCUUGUGGGGUUGAACAUGGACCCUGUGGUGUGUGUCGAGAUUGGAGACGACAAGAAGUACACGUCCAUGAAGGAGUCCACCAACUGCCCCUACUACAACGAGUAUUUUGUCUUCGACUUCCACGUGCCACCAGAUGUGAUGUUUGACAAGAUACUAAAGAUCUCUGUGAUCCACUCCAAGAACUUGCUGCGCAGUGGCACGCUGGUGGGAACCUUCAAGAUGGACGUUGGCACGGUGUACUCACAGCCUGAGCACCAGUUUUACCAUAAAUGGGCAAUGCUGUCCGACCCUGAUGACAUCACCACCGGGUGCAAAGGUUACGUGAAGUGCGAUAUAGCCGUGGUGGGGAAAGGAGACAACAUCAAGACCCCUCACAAGGCCAAUGAGACCGAUGAGGAUGACAUCGAAGGGAACCUGCUCCUGCCCGAGGGGGUUCCCUCGGAGCGCCAGUGGGCCCGGUUCUACGUGAAGAUCUACCGGGCCGAGGGCCUGCCCAAGAUGAACACCAGCAUCAUGGCCAAUGUCAAGAAGGCCUUCAUCGGGGAGAACCGAGACCUUGUGGACCCUUACGCCCAAGUGCAGUUCUCCGGGCAGAAGGGAAAGACAUCUGUUCAGAAGAGCAGCUACGAGCCCAUUUGGAACGAGCAGAUCAUCUUCACAGAGAUGUUCCCACCAUUGUGCAAACGCAUCAAGGUCCAGAUUCGAGACUCGGACAAAGUCAAUGACGUGGCCAUAGGGACGCAUUUCAUUGACCUGCGUAAGAUUGCCAACGACGGAGACAAGGGUUUCCUGCCCACCAUGGGCCCAGCGUGGGUACACAUGUACGGCUCAACACGGAACUACACACUGAUGGACGAGCACCAGGACCUCAACGAUGGGCUAGGGGAGGGCGUGUCCUUCAGGGCCCGCCUCCUGAUUGGUGUCAGCGUGGAGAUCCUGGACACCACCUCCCCAGAGAUCAUGAGCUCCACCGAAGUGCAGGUGGAACCCGUCUCCAACAUCUCAGAGAGUGCCACUGGGAAGGUGGAGGAGUUCUUUCUCUUUGGCUCCUUUCUGGAGGCCACCAUGAUUGAUAGGAAGAUUGGAGACAAGCCAAUCAGCUUUGAGGUCACAAUAGGUAACUACGGCAACCAGAUUGAUGGGGUGAGCAAGCCAGCGUCGUCCUCAUCGGGGAAGAAGAGGCGAGAGGGCGGGCCGGAGAGCGACGAGGAGGAGUCGGAGCUCAUCCAGCACUCGAGCGACGAGGAGGCAGACGACAGCGCUGACCUUGUGUCGGUGUCCUCCACGCCUGUCAUGAAGCCCGUCAUCACCGACAGGAAUUACUUUCACCUGCCAUACUUUGACAAGAAGCCGUGCAUCUACAUCAAGAGCUGGUGGCAAGACCAGAGGCGUCGCCUUUACAACUCCAACAUCAUGGACAAGAUCGCAGACAAACUGGAGGAGGGCCUGAAUGACGUCCAGGAGAUCAUUAAAACAGAGAAGGCGUACCCUGAACGCCGGCUGAGGGGGGUGCUGGAGGAACUCAGCACUGGCUGCAGUCGUUACGUUACUCUGGCAAACAAGGACCAGAGCCAGGCAGGCCGGACAAAACUGGACCGAGAAAGACUCAAGUCCUGCAUGAGAGAAAUGGACAGCAUGAGUCAGCAGGCCAAAAGUAUCCGCACGCAGGUGAAGAGGAACACAGUAAAGGACAAACUCAAGAUGGUGCACAACUUCCUGCAGCGUCUCCGCUUCCUGGCCGAUGAGCCCCAGCACAGCAUCCCGGACGUCUUCAUCUGGAUGAUGAGCAACAACAAGCGGGUGGCUUACGCCCGGGUGCCCUCCAAGGACAUCCUCUACUCCAUUGUGGACGAGGAGACGGGCAAGGACUGCGCCAAAGUCAAAACCGUCUUUCUCAGGCUGCCUGGUAAGAAAGGCUUCGGUCCGGCUGGCUGGACGGUGCAGGCCAAGCUGGAGAUGUACCUGUGGCUCGGUCUCAACAAGCAGAGGAAGGACUUCCUCAGCGGCCUGCCAAGCGGCUUUGAGGAGAACAAAGCAGCCAAGGCCACUGGCCUGCAGUCUGUGCCACCUAUCAGCCUAGUCUACAACAUGAAGCAGGUGUUCCAGCUGAGAGCUCACAUGUAUCAAGCCCGCAGUCUGUUUGCCGCUGAUAGCAGCGGCCUGUCUGACCCCUUCGCCAGAGUCUUCUUCUCCACAUACAGCCAAGUCACAGAGGUGCUGAGUGAGACCCUCUGCCCCACGUGGGAUCAGCUGCUGGUCUUUGAUAACGUGGAGCUCUACGGUGAGGCCAGCGAGCUCCGUGAUGACCCCCCCAUCAUCGUCAUAGAGAUCUACGACCAGGACACGGUGGGCAAGGCUGAGUACAUUGGCCGCACAUUUGCCAAGCCUGUGACAAAGAUGGUUGAUGAGCACUAUGGCCCGCCCCGAUUCCCCCCACAGCUGGAGUACUACCAGAUCUACAGGGGCAACUGCACCGCUGGGGAACUCCUCGCUGCCUUUGAGCUGCUGCAGAUCCCCUAUGACGAUGAGGAGAUCCGGAGGGCUCUCAUCGCCGUGCAUAACUUUGCUGUUCCUCAGAUCAAGGUGGGUCCUGCUGGGAAAGGGAGCUUACCCCCGAUCGACGGGCCGACGGAUUCGGAGCGUGGGCCCAUCCUGCCCGUUCCUCUGGGGAUCCGACCCAUCCUCAGCCGGUACCGCAUCGAGGUGCUGUUCUGGGGCCUGAGGGACCUGAAGCGGGUCAACCUGGCCCAGGUGGAUCGGCCACGUGUGGACAUUGAGUGUGCCGGCAGAGGGGUCCAGUCCUCGCUCAUCCAGAACUACAAGAAGAACCCCAACUUCAGCACCCUCGUCAAAUGGUUCGAAGUGGACCUGCCUGAGAACGAGCUGCUGCACCCUCCUCUCAACAUCCGGGUGGUGGACUGCCGCGCCUUUGGCCGCUACACCCUGGUGGGCUCCCAUGCGGUCACCAGCCUACGCAAGUUCCUCUACAUCGCACCAGGCAAGACCAAUGCCAACAGCUGGGGCCAAACAGGUGACAUCAUGGUCAACAUGGAGCCAGAGAUUAACGUCAAGAAGAUGGACACUGUGGUCAAGCUGGAUGCCACGUCAGAUGCAGUUGUUAAAAUUGAUGUGAAUGAGGAGGAGAAGGACAAAGAUGGACAGAAGAGGAAGAAGAAGAAGAAGAAAGGAGAGGAGCCAGAGGAGGAGGAGUUGGACGAGAGCAUGCUGGACUGGUGGUCCAAAUACUUCGCCUCCAUAGAGACCAUGAUGGAGAAAUUGCGAGCACAGGAGGCCGCCCAGGCAGAGGCGGAUGAGAGAGAAGACCUGGAGAUUGCCGCAGAGGGAGCAGAGCUGAAAGUGGAUGACUCCCCUGUGAAAGGCACCAAACCCAAAGAGAAGGUCAAAGACAAGAGCAAGAGCUCCAAGGACAAGAAGAAGAACCACUCGGCCGAGGCCCAGGACAAACGGCCCACCAAGCCCAGGGUGGACGAGCUGCUGGCGUACAAUAAGGAGCUGGAGUGUGAGUUCAAUAACUUUGAGGACUGGCUCCACACUUUCAACUUGUACCGGGGGAAAGCUGCAGACGACGAUGAACACCACAUGGCCGAUGACGACAGGAUUGUGGGCAGGUUCAAGGGGUCGGUGUGUUUGUACAAGCUGCCCCUGUCGGAUGAGUUCUCCAGAGAGGCAGGCUUCGACCCCAACAUGGGCAUGUUCCAGAACAUUCCCCACAACGAUCCCAUGAAUGUAUUGGUCAGGGUUUACGUGGUCCGGGCCACUGAUUUACACCCCGCAGACAUCAAUGGCAAAGCUGACCCGUACAUUGCCAUCAAACUGGGCAAGACAGAGCUGAAGGACAAGGAGAACUACAUCUCCAAGCAACUCAAUCCCGUCUUUGGAAAGUCCUUUGACAUUGAGGCCACAUUCCCCAUGGAGUCCAUGCUGACUGUCUCCGUGUACGACUGGGAUCUGGUGGGCACGGACGACCUCAUUGGAGAAACCAGGAUUGACCUGGAGAACCGCUACUACAGCAAACACAGAGCCACGUGUGGCAUCGCAGCCAACUAUUCAGUCCAUGGUUACAACAUAUGGCGGGACCCUUUGAAGCCCACCCAGAUCCUGGCCAAGCUGUGCAAGGACGGCAAGCUGGAUGGACCACACUACGGCCCAGGGGGCAGGGUGAAGGUGGCUAACCGCAUCUUCACCGCCACAACCGACAUUGAGGACGAGAAUGGCCUGAAGAAGCAGACAGACGAGCACCUGGCUCUGACGGUUCUCAAACACUGGGAGGACAUGCCCAGAGUCGGCUGCAAACUCAUCCCAGAACAUGUCGAGACCAGACCCCUAUUCAACCCAGACAAGCCUGGCAUUGAGCAGAUAUGA